GACCUGCGCGUCCUGGUCUCCACGGCGGCGAUGGAGGCUAUGGCUACCGGAGCCCGGGGGCUGCGGCUAUGGCGGGUCGCUGGCGGCGGGGCGGGUUGCAGAUUUAUAGCAACAUCACCAGCUUCUCACCUGUCACCGACAGAAUUGACAGAAAUGCGGAAUGAUCUCUUUAAUAAAGAGAAAAAAAGGCAAUUAUCAUUAACUCCCCGAACUGAGAAGAUAGAAGUUAAACAUGUUGGAAAAACUGACCCUGGCACUAUCUUCGUGAUGAAUAAAAACAUUUCAACUCCUUAUAGUUGUGCCAUGCAUUUAAGUGAGUGGUACUGCAAGAAGUCUAUUUUGGCUCUGGUGGAUGGAGAGCCUUGGGACAUGUAUAAGCCUUUGACCAAGUCCUGUGAAAUUAAAUUUCUUACUUUCAAAGAUCGUGAUCCAAGUGAAGUAAAUAAGGCUUAUUGGCGUUCUUGUGCCAUGAUGAUGGGCUGUGUAAUAGAGAGGGCAUUCAAAGACGAAUAUGUGGUCAGUUUGGUUAGAGCUCCAGAAGUUCCUGGUAAUGUACACAUAGUGAUUGCUGGUGCUUUCUGCUAUGAUGUAGUUUUGGAUAAGAGACUUGAUGAGUGGAUGCCGACAAAAGAGAACCUACGUUCCUUCACAAAAGAUGCUUGUACCUUAAUUUAUAAAGAUCUUCCAUUUGAAACCCUGGACGUUGAAGCAAAAGUGGCAUUAGAAAUAUUUCAACACAACAAGUACAAAAUAGAUUUCAUAGAAGAGAAAGCAUCUCAGAACCCUGAGAGAAUAGUUAAGCUACACAGAAUUGGUGACUUCGUUGAUGUGAGUGAGGGCCCUCUUAUUCCAAGAACAAGUAUUUGUUUCCAGUAUGAAAUAUCAGCAGUUCACAAUCUUCAGCCCACCCCUCCAAGUCUUCUGCGAAGAUUCCAGGGUCUCUCUUUACCUGUUCACUUGAGAGCACAUUUUACAAUAUGGGAUAAGCUAUUGGAAAGAUCUCGGAAAAUGGUAACUGAAGAUCAAACUAAACCAACUGAAGAAAGUGCAUCUACCUAACAACUUUAUAAAAUUUAAAUAUGUAUAGUUAAUUAAAAUGAAAUUUUAAAGAUAA